AUGAAAAAAAUAGAGCUAAAAGAAGAGAAAGCCUUGUCGUUGAGUUGUUCGCUGAAAAGAUUAAGUUUAAUCUCAGCUCCAACUUUAGCCCAAGAACUUUAUCAUCGAGUUAGUGACAGCAUGUCUUCUUUAAUACCAGUGAGGCGCAGUGAAUGUGAACAAAGUAAUAAUCCCCCCGUCGCAAGUUCGUCCACUUCGCUGAACACAUUCGAAAGAGGUUUUUUUAGUGGUAACCAAAUGAUAUGCAUUAUGAAGAAUAAUUUGCCUUUUUGGGAUAUUUGCAAUUAUAGUACAGUGGGCCGGGGAUCACUCAGAAAGAGUAUUUGGCCGAUACCCUGGUUAGAAGCUAUUUUCUUGCCAGAGUUUCCAAAUAAGUCAAAUAUCUCCGAAAAAGAUUUCCUGAUUUUAAACUGCAUUGGAAAUGGAUCAUUCGGUAAAGUGUACAGAGUGAGUUUGAAACUCAAGCAGGGCUUACUUUUUGCCAUGAAAAAGCAAUUGAAGAGUGAGGUUUUGGCUAGGAAUGCAGUUCAACAAAUCAAACAUGAAGCUUCUGUCCACAAGAGUCUUUCAAAUAGCGAUUUCAUUGCAAAGUGUUACGCAAGUUGGCAGUCAAGAACCCAUCUUUUCACGGUUCUUCAAUAUGCAAUGGGUUAUGGAGAUUUGUUUAUAUUAUGGCGUGAUUACGGGCCUUUCACGGAAGACACGCUUAGGGUAUAUGCUGCUGAAAUUGCAUUUGCAAUUGAUUACAUUCACGGAAAUAAUAUAGUGUACCGAGAUUUAAAAAUGGAAAAUAUCGUGCUUGAUCUUGACGGCCACAUUGAAAUAGUCGAUUUUGGCUUAUCAAAAACGCUAAUAAAUGGAGAACGAACAAGAACUAUUUGUGGUACACUUCAGUAUAUGGCACCUGAAAUAGCCAGGGGAGAAGUUUAUGGCAAAGAAGUAGAUUGGUGGUCGUACGGAGUAUUACUUCACAUUUUGAAUACAAAUUGUUAUCCUUUCCCUAAUUCUGACGUCACUUCGCACACUGAACUUAGAUACGAUGGAUAUCAUACUCCAUGUUGUGAGCCCACACUGGGUGAUCUUUUCAAUAAGCUUUUGGAUAUAAAUUUGCAACGAAGAAUACAGUCUUUUGAGAUGUUGAAAAGUCAUCCUUUUUUUAAAAGCAUCAAUUGGGACGAUGUAAAAGCUAAAAAGUUGGUGCCGUUUGCUGAUAUCGAAAAAUUACGACGUUGUUCGAGCUGUAAUUCUCUAUAUGAUAAAAGUGUAUCAGAUUUUAGUGGCGCAGAUAUGGAAGAAAAUUGGACAGCUUUUGAUGAACAAUACGAGGCAAGUCUUGAAUAUUUCAAGACGAGGACUACUUUUGUGAUUUGCUACAAUGACAAUGACAGCGUCACUAAAACUUCAGUUAUUUGCAUUCUUUAUGCUUGCUUAGCAUUUUACAUUAUGAAUGUGUCGAAAACGAGACCUGUUAAUCCGACACAAGCAUUGAUACAUGACCUGACCAUCCGAUUGCUAAAUGCAGGCCUACAAAAAGGAACGCAUUUAAGGAGAAAAAUAAAAGAGGAAGAGUUAUUAGCAUUACUUGACGAAGCCAAAACUGCCUUACAAAGUCAAGGUACUCUAAUUGAAAUCGAUCCUCCUGUAAUUGUUUGUGGCGAUAUUCAUGGACAGUACAGUGAUUUGCUCCGGAUUUUUGACAAGUCUGGAUUUCCUCCAGAGGCAAAUUAUCUUUUCCUCGGAGAUUACGUUGAUCGGGGCAAGCAAUCAAUAGAGACAGUUUGCUUGCUAUUCUGCUUUAAAAUAAAGUAUCAUGAGAACUUUUUUAUGUUGCGAGGAAACCAUGAAUGUUAUGGAAUUAACCGAGUGUAUGGAUUUUAUGAAGAGAUUAAUCGUCGGUAUCGCUCAGUUCGUCUCUGGGCUAAAUUUCAGGAUGUAUUCAACUAUUUACCAUAUGCAGCUACUAUUGGUAGUAAAAUAUUGUGCAUGCAUGGCGGGUUAUCACCAAAAUUAGAAGAUUUGCAUUCACUGCGCAAUAUCCAACGUCCAUCUGACCCACAACCUCCCUCCAUGGAACUCGAUAUAUUAUGGUCAGAUCCAGAUGAUGGAGUAUUUGGUUGGCAUCCAAAUGCCAGAGGUAUUUCAUAUGUUUUUGGUGCUGAUAUUGUGACAUAUUUUUGCGAGAAACUGAACAUCGACUUGAUUGCUCGAGCACACCAGGUGGUGCAAGAUGGAUAUGAAUUUGCUGCAAAUCGUCAGUUAGUCACCAUCUUUUCUGCACCUCAUUACUGUGGUGAAUUUGAUAAUGCAGCUGCUACGAUGAAUGUUAGCGAAGAUUUAAGCUGUUCAUUUCAUGUGUUUAAGCCAACGCCAAAAGCUGUGCGUAUAGCAAUGAAACAUCAAAAGUAA